AUGCAUUUCGUGAUGUCCAAGGGGAUGGAGUUUCCGAAAAUGGGACGCUUCGGAUUUCUUGCGGUGGUGGUUCUGGAUCUGCUAAUGUUCCACUUGGAUCUAAUCGGAGGGCAGCUGGGUUACCCGACCCUUAACAUCGCCAUCAUUAUGGGCAGAAGCCCCGACAGCACGGGCUUCAGGGAUAUGUGGAUAAAGGAAGAUGCCCCCGACUUUCCCGUUGAUGUCAACGUGGUGACCGUGGCGGUGAACCAGACUGACCCGAAGAGUAUUAUCACCCACGUGUGCGAUCUGAUGUCAGGCACCAAGAUCCACGGCGUGGUGUUCGGCGAUGACUCGGACCAGGAGGCUAUUGCUCAGAUUUUGGAUUUUAUUUCCUCCCAGACUUUUAUCCCUAUCCUGGGAAUUCACGGCGGAUCUUCCAUGAUCAUGGCAGAUAAAGAUCAAAAGUCAACAUUUUUCCAGUUCGGGGCUUCCAUCCAACAGCAGGUUGGAGUGAUGUUAAAUAUCAUGGAAGAAUAUGACUGGCAUGAGUUCUCCAUUGUAACCAGCACCUUCCCUGGAUAUCAUGAAUUUAUUAGUGUAUUAAAAACCACGGUUGAAAAUAGCUUUGUGGGCUGGGAGCUUCUCGCCACUAUCACAUUAGAUGCUGUUGAUGGGGAUUCAAAGGCACAAGUUCAGUUGAAGAGAAUACAAUCAUCAGUUAUUCUGCUGUAUUGUUCGAAAGACGAAGCUGUGUUCAUACUGGAGGAGGCCCGUUCUCUAGGCCUCACAGGCUUUGGUUUCACCUGGAUUGUGCCCAGCUUGGUUACGGGUAACACAGACAUCAUACCUGAGGAAUUUCCAGCCGGGCUGAUAUCUGUGUCAUACGACGAAUGGGACUACAGCCUGACAGAAAGGGUGACGGAUGCUGUUGGUAUCAUCUCAACAGCUGCUUCCGCCAUGAUGGAGCAAUAUGGAUACAUUCCUGAGGCGAAGACAAGUUGCUACGGCCAAUUGGAACAAAAGGUCCUUCCAUUUCUUUCCCUGCACAAGUUUAUGAUGAAUGUAUCCUGGAAUGGCAGAGAUCUCUCCUUCACUCGGGAUGGGUAUCAGUCCAACCCAAAGCUAGUGGUGAUAGUAUUGAACAAAGAGCGUACCUGGGAAAAGGUCGGAAAAUGGGAAAGCCGUAGCCUGGCCCUGAAAUAUCCUGUGUGGCCAAGGUUUAAUUCCUUUGCAGAUGGUGAGGCUGAUGACAGUCACCUAAGUGUUGUAACAUUAGAGGAAACCCCCUUCGUUAUCGUGGAAGAUGUGGACAAGUUAACUGGGACAUGUGCAAGAAGCAAUGUCCCAUGCAGGAAAAAUAUGAAGGCUUUCAAUUCCACUGACAAGGGGCUCUACGUGAAGAAAUGCUGCAAAGGGUUUUGCAUUGAUAUUCUGAAGAAACUUGCAAAGACUGUGAAAUUCACAUAUGACCUGUACCUGGUGUCAAAUGGGAAGCAUGGGAAAAAGAUCAAUGGUGUAUGGAAUGGAAUGGUUGGUGAUGUGAUGUAUCAUCGAGCAGAGAUGGCUGUUGGCUCGCUGACUAUUAACGAAGAAAGAUCAGAAGUUGUGGACUUCUCAGUGCCCUUUGUAGAAACAGGAAUCAGUGUGAUGGUGUCUCGGAGCAAUGGCACAGUUUCACCCUCUGCAUUUUUAGAACCCUUCAGUGCAGCUGUGUGGGUCAUGAUGUUCGUAACACUCCUUAUCGUGUCUGCCAUAGCAGUGUUUGCUUUUGAGUACUUCAGCCCUGUCGGGUACAACAGAAAUUUAGCAAAAGGAAGAGCUCCACAUGGCCCCUCCUUUACAAUAGGCAAAGCAAUAUGGCUUCUUUGGGGCCUAGUUUUCAACAACUCUGUGCCGGUCGAGAAUCCAAGGGGAACUACGAGUAAAAUAAUUGUCUCCGUAUGGGCCUUCUUUGCUGUAAUAUUCCUCGCAAGUUACACUGCUAACUUGGCUGCCUUCAUGAUUCAGGAAGAGUUUGUUGACCAAGUGACUGGGCUUAGUGACAAAAAGUUUCAGCGGCCUUAUGACCAUUCACCGCCAUUUCGAUUUGGGACAGUUCCGAACGGGAGCACAGAGAGAAACAUACGAAAUAACUAUCCAGAUAUGCAUGCUUAUAUGUCCAAGUACAACCAAAAAGGAGUGCAAGAUGCCCUGGUUAGCCUGAAGACUGGAAAGUUGGAUGCGUUCAUAUAUGAUGCAGCAGUGCUGAAUUACAUGGCUGGAAGAGAUGAAGGAUGCAAGCUUGUAACAAUUGGCAGUGGAUACGUCUUCUCAACCACUGGCUAUGGCAUAGCUUUGCAGAAAAGCUCACCUUGGAAGCGUCAGAUUGACUUAGCUCUCCUCCAAUUUGUUGGUGACGGUGAAAUGGAAGAGCUGGAGAGUUUGUGGCUGACUGGCAUCUGCCACAAUGAGAAGAACGAAGUAAUGAGCAGCCAGUUGGAUGUUGACAAUAUGGCGGGUGUGUUUUACAUGCUGGCAGCAGCCAUGGCAUUGAGCCUGAUCACCUUUGUGUGGGAGCAUUGGUUUUACUGGAGCCUGAGACACUGCUUCAUGGGAACCUGUACUGGAAAACCAGGACUCCUCUUCUCAAUCAGCAGGGGAAUCUGGAGCUGUAUACAUGGUGUGCCCAAUGAGGAAAAGAAGAAGUCUCCAAACUUGGAUUUAAACAGCCCUCAAACAAACAUUCUGAGGCUGUUUAACACAGCAAAGCCAAUGGCCAAUAUAUCAAACCUUAAUGCAUCAAGAGCAAACUCUCCUAAAAGAACUUCCAAUUUCAUUCAGAGAGGGUCAUUGCUCCUUGACGUGGUUGACCAAAAGGGGAAUUUCUUGUACUCUGACAACAGGCCCUAUCAACCCAAGGAGACGGGCUUCAACGACAACACCAGUGAAAUGUUAGCGCUCAAUGUAAGCCGACAGAAAGACAACCGAAACAAUUAUAUCCUCCAAGGGCAACACCCAUUGACUCUAAACGAAGCAAAUCCCAACACCGUGGAGGUUACAGUAAGCUCAGAAACUCCAAAACUUAACUCCAGGCCUAGGCAGUUGUGGAAAAAGUCCGUGGAAACCUUGCGGCAGAACCAGGGAUCGGCGGUGGAAAAUGUCAACGUGGAGCCCAAGCAACCUGUUAAAAAUCAAAGGUACCUACCAGAAGAAGUUGGCCAUUCCGAUAUGUCGGACUGUUCUAGCCGUACUACUUCCCACAAGGACCCUGAUAACAACCAAAAGCAUCAUAAGUAUAAGGAACCCUUCAAAAAGAAAUCCAUGAUGGCCAAGUACCCCCGAGAUUGCAGCGAGAUUGAGCUCUCUUAUCUUAAGGCCAAAGAAGGGUAUCAGCACCAUCGGGAGAAAGUGUACACCAUUGAUUCUGACAGAGAGUCCAAUUAUCACUCUGAUCACCAUCAUUACCGGGAAAACGUGCCAAUUCCUGAAGACUUGGACUACCCCCCAGUGUAUCACGAUCAGAAUGAGAACUACAGGAAACAGGAAGCAGUUCUGCACCUAAAUAGGACUCCUCAGCAUGAUGAGGAAAAUGCUGAGAACAAAUACAGCCUGUACAAUAAGCAUUACAGCUUGAAGGAGAAAAAUAUUUCCCCGUUAGAGUACAGUGAUAGGUACAAGCAGCCCACUGCACACUGCCGAAGCUGCCUUUCCAAACUGCCUAAUUACACCACACACUAUUCGGUCAGGUCUCCCUAUAACAGAUGCGAUGCCUGUGUACACACGGCAAACUUGUAUGACAUUAGUGAAGAUCACAUGUUACAAGAGCCAGUAAGCCCCAUGUGCCCUGACGAAUCCUUUGCCCAUCACUGGGCUCCUUCCGACGUCUCAAACAUGCAGAGAGUUAACAGACUCCGAAUCAGCAGGCAGCACUCCUUCGACAAUAUCCUUGAAAAGCCGAAGGAAGUGGAUCUCGGAAGACCUGCCCGGAGUGUGAGCCUGAAGGAAAAGGACAGAUUUCAGGAUGACCCCUAUGCGCACGUAUUCAGUAUUAAACCCGAGAAACUCUUUAGCACCAAGGUUUCCGUUUUUGACCACCACCUGGAAGAGAGCAAGCGGAGUAAGUCGUUGUAUCCUGACCAUGUCUCCGAGAAUCCAUUCUGGCACUCCUUCCGUGAAGAUCAGCAUCUGGUCCAUGGGCGAAGUUCUUCCGACAUAUAUAAACAGUCCGCUGCAUCAAAGGCAUGCUACGAUAAUCACUUUAGAUCAUCUAUUAAGUCGACAGCAUCUUACUGCUCCCGAGAUGGACGAGUUCCUAAUGAUAUGUACAUUUCAGAACAUAUUAUGCCUUAUGUAUCAAGCAGAAAUAGUAUUUACUGUACUCCCAGGGUUUUGAAUUCUUCCAGCAAUAGACGUGUCUACAAAAAAAUGCCUAGUAUUGAAUCAGAUGUUUGA